AUGAAAAUCUUUAGUUGGAACUGUCGGAGGGUUGGAAACCCCGCGACAGUUCGUGAGUUAAAGCAACUUCUCGUUGCGAAUGCUCAUGAUAUUGUAUUCUUGUGUGAAACAAAAAUCCACUCUAACGAGUUUUCUCACAUUCGGGCCAUGUGUAGGAUGGAGGGGUGCUUAGCUAUAAGCUCAGAAAGAAAGAGUGGGGGCAUGGUGCUGAUGUGGAGGGAAGGAGUGAGAGUCACAAUCCAGAAUUACUCAAGAUGUCACAUUGAUUCGGUGGUCUGGAUAGAGGACGGGGAGAAAUUUAGGUUCACUGGCUUUUAUGGGCAAUCGGAGCCAAGUUUAAGACACCAGGCGUGGGAUAUGCUGAGAAGAGUUAAGAGCACGGUCAAUGAAGGCUGGAUCGUGAGAGGUGAUUUUAAUGCCAUCUUGAAUGACUCGGAGAAAAAAGGGGGUCGUAGAAAACCUAGGGCUUUGAUGGACGAGUUUGGAGAUAUUUUGGAGGAGUUAUGUUUGACGGAUGUGAAAACAGGUAAUGGCUGGUUCACUUGGACAAAUAAUAGAGAUGGAAACAGACUGGUAAAAGAAAGGCUGGAUAGAUUUGUUAUUUCGAAUGUAAUCAUGGAGAGAAUGCCGUUACUUGCAUCCUAUGUUGUGCGCCAAUCCAAAUCCGACCAUGAAGCCAUCUUAAUGGGCUUGCACGGAAGUAGGCCAAAAGUGAAGGGUAACGACCCGAGGGUUUGUUUUAGGUAUGACCGUUGUUGGGCUAAGGAGCGGGAGGCUAGGGAUAUUAUUUCUAACAUUUGGUCCAACGAGGAGACAAACUUGCUGGAAAAAAUGGAUCUGAUCCGGGAGAGGUUGGGACCUUGGCAAUAUCAACGUUAUAAAAGGAUGAAGCAGAAAAUUAAAAGCCUGGAGAAGGAUAUCGGUUGA